GUUUCUAGGGAAACCCAUUUAUGGUAUAUAUUACCUAAUGAGGUGAAGAAUGCAAGCCUUCUUAAUCAAUAUUUGGAAAUUCUAUCACCAUGUGAGAAAGAAAAUGUUUUCCGUAUGCGUGGAGAUCAGCUCCAAAGAAGAGCCCUGCUUGCCCGUGCAUUGGUUCGCACUACCAUUGCAAGAUAUCAUACAAAUAGUCAAGUUGAACCAAGAUCCUUGAAGUUUAACAAGAAUAUAUAUGGGAAGCCUGAGGUAGAGUGGCAAGAUGUUGAUGGCUCACACAUACCACCAUUGCAUUUCAACAUUUCACACACUUCUUCUAUGAUAGCUUGUGGAGUGACUGUGAAUUCAGCAAUUGGUAUUGAUGUGGAAGAGAAGCAACGGAAGUUGAAGAAUAAUAUCUUAGCAUUUGCUCGAAGGUACUUUUCUCCUUAUGAAGUGGGACUUUUAACUGCCAUUUCAGACCCUGAAUUUCAGCGUCAGGAGUUUAUAAAAUUAUGGACUCUCAAGGAGGCAUAUGUGAAAGCAUUGGGGAGGGGCUUCUCAGCUGCACCUUUUAAAACCUUUACCAUUCGAUUUAGGACUGCUACAGGUGGACAUCUUUCUGAGUAUAGAGAUUCUGAGGCAUUUGAUGUAGUUGUUGAUUCUUUUGAUGAUCCCAAGAACCUGACAAGCAAUUGGCAAUUUGCUCUCAUAGAAUUGGCUGGUUCUCAUUAUGCUGCUGUUUGCAUUGAAGGGGAUAGAACCACUGAAGGCAAUGGGACCCGCCCAAUGAAAUUGACAGUGCGGAGAACCAUUCCAUUUGUUGAAGAUGAAUGUGUUUCUGGAACUGAUGCUGUGGUAGCAAUAGUUGGCUUAACUUAAGAAUCAUAAAUGAUUAAUGGUUUUCAUUGUGAACUCAGCUCUCCGACCUUUCCAAAUUGUGUUUUUUAAGCAAUUGGAGAGUAUAACUUAACAGUAUUAUUAUUUACUAUCAGCAAUGCACCUCUGCUUUGCCUGUAGAAUGGAUAUCA